UGUUUGCAGAGUGCACAUACCGGCGGUACUUCCUUGCAUUAGUAGUUGUUUCCAUGGGUUGUAUCUUCACGUUAGCAGGUGAAACAACACGGUAGUAAUUCUAUACAUUUGUUCUUUUGUUAAAAUGACACAAACGAACUCUAGAGUAUAACGUGCUUUUUGUGAUUGAUUCAUAAUUUGUCAACCACCUAUUCAUCUGGCAUGAUUGUCGCUUCGCUAUUACCGACAGAUCUGCUACAAACACAGGUUGUUUGAUGCCCACUGAUCCACCAUGGAGCUGUCAGACUCAGUUGGACACAAGAACGGCCGGCAGAGGAAGAACACAGCCAACCUCCAAAUUGAAAACAUGAAGGACAGGGAGUUGGAAGGAUCCGGCCCAGAGGUUGAAGAGGAGGCAGAGGGUCUUCUCCAAGGGUUUGACUCGGAGGACAGGAGGCCGGCCAAGGUCAGACCAGGACUCCGGAAGGAGUUGGGGAACAUUCUGCUUCUUCUCUUCCUCUAUGUUCUUCAGGGCAUUCCCCUGGGACUGGCUGGUAGCAUUCCUUUGAUCAUGCAGAGUAAAAGUGUCAGCUACAAGGACCAAGCGUUCUUCAGUUUUGUCUUUUGGCCCUUCAGCCUGAAGCUACUCUGGGCUCCGCUUGUUGACGCGCUGUACUUCAGCAGAUUUGGCCGGAGGAAGUCAUGGCUGGUUCCCACCCAGUACCUGCUGGGUCUCUUCAUGAUCUACCUCUCUGUGACGGUUGACUCACUGCUGCAGAGCGAUGACUCCCAUGGACCGGACGUAGUGACUCUGACCGCAGUCUUCUUCAUGCUGUCCUUCCUUGCAGCAACGCAGGACAUAGCUGUGGACGGCUGGGCUCUGACCAUGUUGUCCAGAGAGAACGUGGGCUACGCCUCAACGUGCAACUCUGUGGGCCAGACGGCAGGCUACUUCCUGGGCAAUGUGCUCUUCCUUGCUCUGGAGUCGGCUAACUUCUGUAACCAAUACCUGAGGAACGAGCCCAAAGACACAGGCUUAGUCACGCUAUCAGAUUUCCUGUUUUAUGGGGGCGUGGUGUUCCUCAUUUCCACGACGCUCGUGGCCAUCUUUAAGAGGGAGAGCGAGCGCGGCCAAGGGAAGAAGCGAGCGAAGGAGACGCAGGGUGUCUUGGAAACCUACAAGCUCCUGUUCUCAAUCAUCAAGUUGCCGACUGUUCUCUCCUUCUGCGCUUUGCUGCUCACUGCCAAGAUGGGCUUCUCAGCAGCCGAUGCAGUGACUGGGCUGAAGCUGGUGGAGGCUGGCGUCCCCAAGGAGAAGCUGGCCUUACUGGCCGUGCCCAUGGUGCCCCUGCAGAUCCUCCUGCCGCUCAUCAUCAGCAAGUACACUGCCGGGCCUCGGCCCCUGGAUAUCUUCUACAAAGCCUUCCCCUUCAGGCUACUGAUCGGCUUGGGGUACGCGCUGCUGGUGUGGUGGACGCCCAGCGUGAAGACGGAAGAAGGCUUCCCUAUGUACUACUACUUGCUAGUGCUGUUCAGCUAUGCCCUUCAUCAGGUGGCGCUGUACAGCAUGUACGUGGCCUGCAUGGCCUUCCACGCCAAAGUGAGUGACCCGUUGAUCGGUGGCACCUACAUGACCCUUCUGAACACGGUCACCAACCUGGGAGGGAACUGGCCCUCCACCGUGGCCCUGUGGCUGGUGGACCCCCUGACCUCCAAAGAAUGCCAGGGGGCCGCCGGGCAGACUUGCGGCUCGCUGGAUGAAGCCGCGCUGUGUGCCAAGGAGGGAGGAGCUUGCGUGACGACGUUGGAUGGCUACUACGUGGAGUCUGUGGUCUGUGUUGUGAUUGGCUUGGUCUGGUGGUUGUGGUUGGGAAAGAGGAUGAGGAGGCUGCAGGAAGAGAGUCCGGCGGCCUGGAGGUGCAAAAUAAGCCAAUAAACACCACUCCGUUUUUUGGUUUACAUGAAACUCUUUUCUCGAGACACGGAGGCAUUGCUCUUGGUCAAAAAAUGCCCCAACGCUAAAAGCAAUGUUUGCAAAACUUUGAUUUGCUCACACCUUACAUUCUCGUGUAGUCUUCAUGCUAUGGACAAAACGCACACUUUUUCUUUUUUUAUGUCUCACCUACAUGUUUUGUUAUAAGAAAACAUCUUUCAGUAAAGUCGUCCUAACUGUAGAACGGUUCUUUGUUAAAUCAAGGUAAACACAGUUCCUUGGAAAUGAACUGAUUUAUUUAAGAUGGUUAAUAAGAUAAUUGACUCAGGCAUUUUGAGUGUAGCUUCUUUGCAUUCUCUCCACCUGUGCUUUGUGGUAGCUAAAAUAUCGACACACCGUUUCAGAUCAUGGUGAUUGUAUUUGCUCAUUGCUUUGGUCUUAUACGAAGUAGCACGCAAGUAUAGAUUCUGUAUUUGAAACCUCCUGUACUCCUGGGGCAGGUAAGCCCCAACCCACUGUGUUCUGCCUUGGUUUCUGUUUGUGUUUCACUGCAACCGGUUCGUUAUUAGGGGUCCAAGCCAACAGGUUGGAUCCCUAUUGUUUUUGUAAGGAUUCUUAUUAUUCUUUUCUCUGAGGUUAUUUGUGCCUUCCUCCACUAAUUCAGUUCAGGCGUAACCGAUAAUGAGCCCUGAUGCCACAUGGAUCAUGUAGACUUUUUCGAGUUAAUAAAACCAUAGUUGGUUACUUUGACAUUCAGAAGAAAUUUUAUUUUGCGUUAUUUGUUUUAAUAAACUUGAUUUUGUUGAUUUUAAUUUAAUCUGUAACUUUCCUACAAAAUUAAAUAUGAGGCUUUACAAAAACGUUCCCGUUAAGUUUCAUUAUCACAGUCCCAUUAUCAGAUUUAUAAUCAACAUGCUGUCAUAUUUUUGUGGAUAUUGGGUUCGCCCCUUAUAAUUAUAGCGGAAAAUACUUAACUAAUCCGGCAUUCCCAUUUUAAUAACUUAUCACCAGCGGUCAGCAAGUCAUCACCUAUGCCCAACUUUGGGCACUGCACAUGGAGCAGCAGCAUUUCCUUUGAAAACCAGUCUUUAGAAAUGUAUUUUAAGGGAAAAUAUUAGCAUUUGUUUCAUUUGUUCAUUUUGACACUUCCGACAGCCGCCGCACUUGUGAUCGAUAGAUUAUGGUUUUUGCUCUUCCAACUGGCAUUGUCUUUUAUUGGUUUUAUAUUUAUUUAAAUUGUAAUUUGUUACUUUUAUUUUAUUGAGAGGCACCCUGUUAUCUGUUAAAGUAAAUGGGUUUUAUUUACCCAUUUUACGUUAAAAAAACUGGAAUUUGCUAUGUGUGCAAAUUCAAAGGGGAAUAUGUAUUUUUGACUUCUUUUCUUUUCUAAUGUAAAAUCAGUACAAAUAUAUCAAUGUAAUGCUUGGGGCUAUUCUGUAUAGAAUAUUCUGAAGGAUGCAAUAUUAAUGAGUACGAAAAUCUUGUAUGAAAUAAAAGUUUCGGAUUCAGUUUCCAUUCUCAAA